AUGACGGUACUUAAAGAGAAAUCGGAAGAAAUUAACUACGAGGUCUACGAAGUCACGAAGAUAAGACGAGAGCUGAAGGAGGUAAUCUCGUCGUGCAACGAAUGCAAGCUACAACGGACGCGGCCGAUGUCGCCGAUAAUGGCACCCCUUCCAGAGGAUCGCUUGGAAGCUGGAGGAUGGCCAUUCAAGUACACAGGACUAGACUACUUUGGGCCACUGCUGGUGACUGUUGCUCGUCAUAGAGAGAAGCGUUGGUUCGCCUUGUUCACAUGCUUGACGUCAAGGGCGAUUCAUCUGGAGCUGGCGCAUGACCUGUCAACGGAUUCCUGUACAAUAGCGAUCAGGAACUUCGUCUGCCGUAGAGGACCAGUACGUAAACUGCGGAGUGAAAACGGCAAGAACUUCGUGGGAGCUGACAGGGAGGCCAGGCGAUUUGGAGACGUGUUCGAGACGGAAAGGAUACAGAGUGAGUUAUCCAGCAGGAGCAUUGAAUGGGUCUUUAAUUGCCCAUCCAACCCGUCUGAGGGCGGAGUAUGGGAGCGGAUGGUGCAGUGCUUCAAGCGAGUGCUGCGCCAUACCCUGAAGGAAGUCGCGCCGAGGGACCAUGUUUUGGAGAGUCUCCUAAUAGAGGCGGAAAACAUAGUCGCGUCCGCUCACCCACUUGCCGCAGUGGAGGGUUGCCCGCUUGCUGCGGGACCGCUUCUGGAGGAGGUGGGUCAUGGAGUACCUGCCUACGCUUGUGCGCCGCGAGAAGUGGUGCCGGAGAACGGAGCCCAUCCGCCAGGGCGAUAUGGUCUUCGUCUGCGAUCCUGCCUUGCCCAAACGAGAGUGGCGCAAGGGCAUCGUGGAGGAGGUAUACAGAGCUGA